AACUUGGGUUCAACAAAUUAUCACUGCAAAUAUACCUUUAAGUGACUACUUGUUAAGAGAAAAAGGAAUCGCAUUUAUUCAUACACUUGGUAUAAAGGAAGAGGAUUUAUCAUUUUCAUCUGGUUGGGAUGAAGUAAGCGAUAUCACGAUCAAAAAUUGUUGGAAUUCUACUAGCAUACUUCCAGACGCAAUUAAUAAUCCGGAGGCAGCUAGACUUAAGAAAGAUCUUGAGUUAUAUUAUACAACCGUUGAUGAACCUCUUGCUACAAAGGAUGUAAUAAAUGAUGAUGAAAUUCUUGCGAUGGUCUAUGAAACCUUUAAUCCUAAGCAAGUGGUAACAGAUCCUGAGGAAGAUGACAUGCCUCCAACACCUCUAGUAAAUUUGUCAGAAGCAAUAAAUGCGCUGAACAUACUCAUUCAAUUUCAAGAACAAAGAGAAAAUAAUAAUAAAUUUAAACCAGAAGAAUUAGAUAUGCUACGCAAAAAAGUGUAUCAGUUUGAAAAAUUGAAGAAUGUAUCGAAAAAACAAACCAAUCUCUUUGGCUAUUUUGGUGACCAAGAUUCGCAACAUUUAUUUGAGAGAUUUAUGGAGAUUAAAAAAGUACUUGCACUUAGGGGUGAGACUGCAUAUAAAUACUGUUCACCAUAUUUAUUGUUACUGUUAAAAUUUCAUAGUAACCAUGAUAUCUAUGAAAGUGUUUCGAAAUAUCAAAGAGGCUAA